CAACAACGAUCCGUUACGAUGAUAACUAUGGAUCUUGUUUUAAUGGAGAAGGCCCUGCUAGGGCUUUUCGCGGCGGUGACGGUGGCGAUCGUGGUGGCGAAGCUGGCGGGGAAGCGGUUCAGGCUGCCGCCAGGGCCGUCGGCGAUGCCGGUGGUGGGGAACUGGCUGCAGGUGGGCGACGACCUCAACCACCGCAACCUCAUGGCGAUGGCGCGGCGCUUCGGCGACGUCUUCCUGCUGCGCAUGGGCGUGCGCAACCUCGUCGUCGUCUCCACCCCCGAGCUGGCCCGCGAGGUGCUGCACACGCAGGGCGUCGAGUUCGGCUCCCGCACCCGCAACGUCGUUCUCGACAUCUUCACCGGCCAGGGCCAGGACAUGGUCUUCACCGUCUACGGCGACCACUGGCGCAAGAUGCGCCGCAUCAUGACCGUCCCCUUCUUCACCAGCAAGGUGGUGCAGCAGAACAGGAAGGGGUGGGAGGAAGAGGCGGCGCGGGUGGUGGAGGACCUGAAGGCGAACGCGAAGGCGGCGACGGAGGGGGUGGUGGUGCGGCGGCGGCUGCAGCUGAUGAUGUACAACGACAUGUUCCGGAUCAUGUUCGACCGGCGGUUCGAGAGCGAGGAGGACCCGCUGUUCAACAAGCUCAAGGCGGCCAACGCCGAGCGCAGCCGGCUCUCGCAGAGCUUCGAGUACAACUACGGCGACUUCAUCCCCGUGCUCCGCCCCUUCCUCAGGAACUACCUCAACAAGUGCCACGACCUCAAGGACCGCAGGCUCAAGCUCUUCGAGGACCACUUCGUCCAGGAUAGAAAAAAAGUCAUGGCUCAAACUGGGGAGGUGAAUUGCGCCAUGGAUCACAUCCUCGAGGCCGAGAGGAAGGGAGAGAUCAACCACGAUAACGUCCUCUACAUCGUCGAGAACAUUAACGUUGCAGCUAUUGAGACCACACUGUGGUCGAUUGAGUGGGGGAUCGCCGAGCUAGUGAACCACCCGGAGAUCCAGAGCAAGCUGCGGCGCGAGCUCGACGCCGUCCUCGGCCCCGACGCCGCGGUGACGGAGCCCGACCUGGAGCGGCUCCCGUACCUCCAAUCGGUCGUCAAGGAGACGCUCCGCCUCCGCAUGGCGAUCCCGCUCCUCGUCCCCCACAUGAACCUCUCCGACGCGAAGCUCGCGGGCUACGACAUCCCCGCGGAGAGCAAGAUCCUCGUCAACGCCUGGUUCCUCGCCAACGACCCCAAGCGCUGGAAGCGGCCCGAGGAGUUCCGGCCCGAGAGGUUUCUGGAGGAGGAGAAGAAGGUGGAGGCCAGCGGGAACGACUUCCGGUUCAUUCCCUUCGGGGUCGGGAGGCGCAGCUGCCCGGGGAUCAUCCUCGCGCUGCCCAUCAUCGGAAUCACGCUCGGCCGCCUCGUGCAGAACUUCGACCUGCUGCCGCCCCCGGGCCAGGCCGAGAUCGACACCACCGAGAAGCCCGGCCAGUUCAGCAACCAAAUCCUGAAGCAUGCCACCGUCGUCUGCAGGCCACGGAAACUCUAAUUCGUACCGCUUUGCAUCUGUAAUGUUGCAAACGUGAUUUUCUCUGAUAUCAAUUGUCGGAAUAUGUACGUUGUCGACCCGUGCCUGCGUGCAUUGCUCAAUCUUUAAUUAUUUGUUCUCUUUAUAUGAUUACUUAUGUUUCGGAUUUUAUUUAUUGUUAUUUAUUGUGCUUGUAAGGGGUUUGUGAUCACAAGACUUAUAAUUAAUUAAUUAAUUAAUGAUGUAAAAUUGUUGUCCUAAUAUAUUCUCUGUUCUCGAGAACAGAGAAUAUAUAUUCUAGAA